AUGCCUUCGGAAUCAACCUUAUUGCCUUCUCCUAUUGAAAGUUCAAGUCCAACAUCGAUCCUUGGGGAAUCUCCCAAGGAAGCAAGCAAGGAGGUUUCAGAGGAAAAGGAUAAAGCCUUGGCGAAACCAAAUUACAAUGCGGAGUUGCAUGAGUUAUUCAAUCAAGUGAAGAUCAACAUUUCUCUUAUGGAUGUAGUCAAGCAAAUUCCCUCAUAUGCUAAGUUUCUUAAAGAUUUGUGUACCCGAAAGCACAAGCUUAAUGUUCAAAAGAAGAUCUUUCUUACUGAACAAGUGAGUUCUAUCAUUCAGACGAAUAUCGCGCCUACGUACAAAGAUCCGGGAAGCCCUACUAUUGCGAUUACCAUUGGAGGGAAGCAUAUCGAACAAGCCUUACUUGAUCUUGGGGCCAGUGUUAAUCUACUUUCGUACUCUAUUUAUCAAGAACUUGGUUUGGGGGAAAUGAAGCCUACUCGUGUCACACUUCAGUUGGCCGAUCGAAGCGUUUGUGUACCAAGAGGGGUAGUGGAAGAUGUUCUAGUGCAAGUUGAUCAGUUUAUCUAUUCGGUCGAUUUUGUGAUUCUCGAUACAAAUCCGACCGACUCUUCUACUGCUUCUACUCCAGUGAUUCUUGGAAGACCCUUUUUAGCCACGGCGGAUGCAGUUAUCAACUGUCGAAAUAGACUUCUUAAUAUGACCUUCGAAGAACACGUGGACGAGUUGCUCUAUAGUGAUCCUUUGCAAGUUGCUCUUACAGCCGACGAGGUCGAAUUUCUCGAAUCUUCUGAAGUGAGUUAUUUGUGUUCAUUGCUCAAUGAGGAAGAUGAAGCUUGUGCUAUGAAUUCUUGGAUUCCAAAGUUUGAAGAGUUUGAGGAGCUUCCACCAAUUGAGAAGAAAGUUCUUCCAUCUAGCGUUGAGCCACCAAAAUUGGAAUUGAAACCUUUGCCUGACACUUUGAAGUAUGCUUUCCUUGGAGACAAUGAGACCUAUCAUGUGGUUAUUUCCUCAUCUCUUGAGAAUCUCCGAGAGACGAAGUUGAUUAAUUUAUUGAGGAGACACAUGAAGGCUAUAGGAUGGACCAUUGCGAAUAUCAAAGGAAUCGAUGCUACUCUUUACUCUCACCAUAUUGCUUUGGAGGAUAAUGUCAAGCCGUCUCGCUAA